AUGGACCACGAAGAAAAUGGAACGGCUGAAAAUGCCGAACGACGGAGUGAUUUGGUCGACAAGAUGGUCGCUGCUGCUCAUGGCGAAGCCGGAGAGGCCACCACCGAGCAGACCAAUCUGGCCGGCAUGACGGAAGAGGAUGCGCUCAAAAACCUGACCGGCACCGUUCGCGACCAGGAUGAGCUCGAACGCGACAUUACGCUCCAAGCCAACGCGGCAAUUAUGGAACAAGAGGACAAAAAGGACAAGGCUCGAAUUGAAAAGCUCGAGGCCUCGCGCCAGCGACUGAAGCUGCAGCUGGACAAGGAAAGGAAGCGCCUCGAACGGGCCGCCACGAAUCCCUACCAGGCCGGCAACAUUCGCAAAGAGGUUGCCAAGAUUGAGCAGGAAAUCCUCCACUUGACUAAUGAUAUUUCCGACUUUCAGUCGCGCAUGAGAAAACGCCACGAGCAAGAUCCUCUCGAAGUCCCAACCACCGCAAAAUCUGCCAGACUACCAGGAGAGAGUCACCGCGAUUACCUCAUCCGAACUGGCAAAAUCACACCCUUUGCGCGCGUUGGAGGACCCCGGCCGGCUGGCGUCCAGGGUCAACUAGCAGACGCCAUUCUUGAUGCCGAAGAGCAGGCGGCUGCAGAGCAACUCGACGCCCCAGACCAAGAGCCCGCGUCGCACCAGUUGCUGCGCCGACCUGGUUUUGAGGAAGAAGUUUCGACUGCAGCAAGCACACCAGCAGCUAGCAGCGGCGCUGUCGAGUCCGAGUUUUCACUUCGGCCCCGCAAGAAGCAACGGCGUGAGAAAUCGAGCAGUCCUUCCCAAGACUACGAGCCAGAAGCUUCAGACGCCUCUGGCUCAGGAGACUCGACUGUCUGGAAGCAAGGCACGGAAGAUGACCUUAUCCGAGAAGAGCGCCGCAAGAACAAAGUCAAGGCUGCUGUAAAAGCACAGGAGCAAAUCGACUUGACAAAGAUUGAUGAUGGUGACGAGAAGCUAUACAAGCGCCGCCUCAAUGACUGGAUAUCACGGCGUAGCCGUGCAAGACGCUCAAGAAGACAAGCACAAGACUCCACAGAUGCAGGAGCCGACAGCGACCCGGAGGAAGAUGAAUGGACAAAGCCGUCACCCGAUCACCCAGAUUGGUCCAUCGACGACAAUCUAAAAGUCCCUGGGGAUAUCCAUCCAUCGUUAUUCGGCUACCAAAAGACAGGAGUGCAAUGGCUGGCAGAAUUAUACAAGCAGCGCGUUGGCGGUAUCGUCGGUGAUGAAAUGGGCCUAGGAAAGACAGUCCAGCUAAUUGCUUUUGUUGCCGCCCUGCACAGCAGCAAGAAGCUUAAGCGUCCUGUUAUUGUCGUUGCUCCUGCUACUCUUCUUCGACAAUGGGUCAGCGAAUUUCACAGAUGGUGGCCUCCGUUGCGUGUUUCGAUCCUUCAUUCGUCGGGCAGCGGUAUGCUGAAUCCGGCUGUUGAAGACGACUAUGACUUGGAUCAUUUCCGUCCCAUGGCUAGCAAAUCUGCAAAGGCAGCGCGACGCAUCAUUCGUGGCGUGGUUGACAAGGGCCAUGUGCUUGUCACGACGUACACGGGUCUCCAGACAUAUGCCGAGGACCUGCUUAGAGUUGAGUGGGAGUACGCUGUCUUGGACGAAGGCCACAAGAUUCGAAACCCGAAUGCCGAAAUCACUGUCACCUGCAAGGAAUUAAACACACCAAAUCGAGUAAUUCUCUCUGGAACUCCAGUGCAAAACAACUUGACCGAGCUCUGGUCGCUUUUCGAUUUUAUCUAUCCUAUGCGACUGGGCACCCUCGUCAACUUUCGAACUCAAUUUGAGAUCCCAAUCCGCCAAGGAGGCUACGCCAACGCUUCGAAUCUCCAAGUUAUGACUGCCGAGAAAUGUGCCGAGGCACUCAAGGAAACAAUUAGCGAGUACCUAUUGCAGCGACUCAAGGCUGACGUUGCAGCAGACUUGCCAGAAAAGACGGAGCAAGUUUUAUUUUGCAAGCUGACAGACGGCCAGCGCAAGGCAUAUGAGACUUUUCUCAGAUCCGACGAGGUGUCUGCCAUUCUUAAUCGAAGACGACAGUCACUCUAUGGAAUUGACAUUUUGCGGAAAAUCUGCAACCACCCUGACCUUUUGGACAAGAAGCUGAGUGAAAAGGCUGGCUAUGACUAUGGCAGCCCAAGGUUGUCGACUAAACUGCAACUUACCAAAGACCUGCUGCAAAACGUCAUGAUUCCCAAUGGACACAAGAUGCUGUUAUUCUCUCAAGGCAAAUUGAUGCUCAACAUCAUCGAAAAGUGCAUGAGAGACUGCAGCAUAUCGUAUUUGCGAAUGGAUGGAGAAACGCCGGUUGACCAACGACAACCAAUGAUUGAUCGAUUUAACAAUGACCCAGAUGUCCACGUCUUUCUCAUGACUACGCGCACUGGUGGUCUGGGAACCAACUUGACAGGCGCUGAUCGUAUCAUCAUCUUUGAUCCUGACUGGAAUCCGUCAACAGACUUGCAGGCACGAGAGCGAGCUUGGCGGCUUGGCCAAAAUAAACCAGUCAAAAUCUACAGACUCAUGACGGAGGGCACAAUCGAAGAAAAGAUUUACCACCGGCAAAUCUUCAAGCAAUUCAUGACGAACAAAGUACUCAAAGAUCCAAAGCAACGCAGCUCGUAUGACUUGUCUGACUUGUAUGACCUUUUUACGUACAACGGCGGGGGAGAAGCGGCAGCACAGCGCAGCGAGGUCUUUAGGGGUGCUGAGGUUGACAUCACCAUGGGAGACGGCGGUGCAUCCAAUCAAAACGUCGACCCUGAUUAUGAAAAGCAAGAGCUGAAGCAGAUGGACUUGGUCGCGGCCAUGGAAGAAUUCAAAGAAGACAAGGCCGCACAAGACGAGCGCCGCAUGCUUGAUGGCAUCUUUGCUCGCUCUGUCAACAGCGCCUACGAUCACGAGCAGAUUGUCAAUGGUCCAUCCAAAGCAAAGGCUGAUGUUGCCGUUCUCCGACAUGAGGCCAACCAGGUUGCCAAGCAGGCCGCCGCGCACCUCCGACGAGCCGGCCAAGAAGCCCGCAGCGUGCCCAUCGGGACAGUGACCUGGACAGGCGAAGUCGGCCAAGGCGGCCGGCCUGGAGGGAAUCGCCGCCGCGCAGGGCCCAGCUCUGCCGGCAUUCUCAGCAACCUGGCUGAUCGGCAGGGCCUCGACGAUGGUGCUGGCAGUGGCAGCUUUCGCGCAGGCACGCCCGGCGCCGAAAGGAAUCUCAAAGCAAAGGAUUUUAUGCUCAUGAUUAAGCAGUACAUCAAUCGACACGGUGGGCAAGUGCCUAGCAAGAUGCUCGUGGAUCAUUUCAACCCGUACUGCCCAGGGAAGAAGCAGAGCGAUGAGUUCAAGACGGCGCUCGACACGAUUGCCAUGCUCAGCAAGACUGGAGGUGCUGGCAGGGGCAUGUGGUCGCUGAAGCCUGGAUUCAAAUAA